ACAGGUGGUUUAUAGCACAUAAAGAUCACGUGUCUCAUAUAACCAGUAGACCUGGUCCAAGGCGAUUUUCAAGGAGGUGAAGACGUAUGAUUAAAAGUGAGGAGUUGUGCGUGUUGUAUUUGUUGCAUUGUCAGUCAGCGUUAACGUACUGAGCCGAUGAUGUUGGGAUAGAGGACAGGAUGGUUGUAUAAGGUGCCGUGCACAAGGGAUCAGUGAGCUGCAGGGAUAAGGUGCUUUGGACAAGAGAUCAGUGAGCUGCAGAGAUCCUCUGGGGCAGAAUUCCAUCGGCUUAGCAAGAACUGUGGGAUACAGAGAUGUCCAACAAGGACAAGGACGGAUUACUGGCCGAUCUACGACGGCGGGUCCAGAAGAUUCCGCCAUUAAGUGAUGAACCAGAGUUCUUACAAUCGAAUGAAACACUACUACGGUAUCUGAAGGCGCGUGACUGGGAUGUAGACGAGGCAGAGAAGGCGGUAGAGGGCACUGUGGAAUACAGGCGAUCGACGCGCCCCCUUCAGGUCGAGUGUCACUGGUGCCAUGACAGACCCGGCUUCCAUUCCAUGAGACAGGUGGGCUUUGAUGAACUCGGUCGGCCUGUGAUCUAUUCCUGUUUCGCCCAGGCCACAACUCAUAAAAAUAAGGUGGACGACUGUGUGCGCCACGUGACUUAUUUGAUAGAGAACGCCAAGCUGACCAUGAAGCCAGGCAUUUCCACCUGGGUCUUUGUAAUUGACUGCACAGGUAAGGUAAAUGGAUUGACUUUGCCGGCCUGUAACCCCAAACUAGGCUAUGGUGUCACACAGAUAAUGGCUUCUCACUACCCAGAACGCCUCGGAAUGGUCAUUUGCAUAAAUCACAACCCAGUAUUUCAAGGCAUAUGGAAAGCAAUCAGAGUGUUCCUUCACUCCAAUACUAUCAGUAAAAUGAAGCUGAUACGGUCUAAAGACAAAGUUGUACAGACUUUUCAGAGAUACUUUCCGGAAGAGUUAACCACGUGGUUAAUAGAGGAAAUCAGUUUAAACAAGCGGCACCCGUUGCCUGGGCCACAGGCGACCUUCUGGGAGAAGCCAGCAGCAAUAUCCGCUCACGAUCCGCGGGGUUGUCCGUCAUAUGUGACUCGGUAUAUAGACCCAUGUGUGGCUGACAAAAGACGGAAGAAUUCCUCGGGGCAGUGUGAUCACAGGCCUCACCCAAACAUAGUAGAUUCCAUCCAGGGAACCGUGAAGGAAGUGUCCCUGACCCCAGAAGAACUAGCAGAGAGAGAAGUGGCACGCUGCAUGGUCGGGAAGGAAUCGUCUGCUCAUCGUUCAGUCGAAGACGGUGAUCAGGGAGGGAUCGACAUAGAUGCGGAGGAAAUUGAGAUAGGCGAAGCGUUUAGGAUUCCAAAAGGCGCGGCGUCCUUGAAUAUGUGAACUGCGAAGAUGAGGGUUAUUGAUCUGUUCUAUUCAGCGCACCACAGUCGGCGUUGUUCGAGAUGCUGUCAUAUGUUUAACUCGUUAAACAUAAGAAAAAGGCUUUAACGGCUUGUAAAUAAAUUUCUCUGUGAGUGUUCUGGCUUCUCACAACCUCAAGGGUUUGUAUUAUAAAUGACAUUAAGCUCUUAAAAACUGUGCAAAUCAAUGAACAUAAAACACGAGAUCACAUAUGUAUUUGUACGCGAUUUUAGGUAUGAAGAAGCAUAUAAGUUUUUUUUCUGCCCAGUUAAGGCUCUAUUCACACUGUAAAAUGGUGAACUAGUAAAACCUGUUAAAUGCUAUGAUCAGAACUGUUCAGUGUUUGACUGGAACAUUACAGACUAUAAACGUAAGUCAUUUUCGUUUUAAAAAUGUCACUGAAAUUAAUACGGAGUUUAUUCAGAUCUUUCUGUUAUUUUCUUAUUUCACUGAUUGUUUCUCAUUAAUUAAUCUGCCAUAAAUCAAAAAUGGAAGGCUUUUGAGAGGGAGAAC